AUGGACUCAAGCCUACAAUAUAGGAGCAGAGGAAACAUUUCACUUUGUUAUGAGUUUCAUCCUAACUUGUGUCAGAAGAUUGUUUAUCCUCUGGCUGUAAAAAUUGUGAUAUAUUUUGUCAUUGGAGCUAUUAUUAUUCUUACAAUAUUUGGAAGCCUUCUGGUCAUGACUGCCAUCAUUCUUUUCAAGCAGCUCCACACACCAACUAACUAUCUCACUCUCUCUCUGGCUGUAACUGACAUGCUUGUAGGAGGACUUGUGAUGCCUCCCAGUAUGAUACGCUCUGUAGAGACCUGCUGGUAUUUGGGAACAUUAUUCUGUAAAUUACACAGCAGCCUUGACGCUGUAUUGUGCACAGCCUCUGUAUUAAAUCUGACAUUUAUUUCUAUUGAGCGAUAUUACGCAGUAUGUCAUCCCCUGCUGUACCACCGUAAAAUGACUCCUCUUACUUCUCUGUUCAUGAUUGCUCUUUGUUGUGGCUAUUCUUCUGCUCUGGGAGUUUUAGUCAUGGAGUUAAUCACUCUGGGCAUUGAACACUACAGUGAUGUUAAAUGUGAGGGUGAAUGUUCAGCACUUCUAGGGCCAAUUACUUCAUUAAUAGUUGCCUUCUUCUCUUGCUAUAUCCCUUCUAUUGUAAUGGUGAGCAUAUAUUUCAAAAUAUAUCUUGUUGCACACAGACAACUACGUUCUGUACAAAAUAGUCUCUCUCAGCGAAAGACAUCCAGAGGGCAGCCCACUAUUAGUAAGGCAGAGAGAAAAGCCACUAAAACACUUGCUGUUGUUAUGGGAGUGUAUUUAUCAUUUUGGACACCAUUUUUUAUCUACAGUCUAAUGGUGACAUAUUUUGGUUAUGUUGGUCCACAACAACUGUAUGAAGUGUUUGUUUGGAUUGGUUAUUCAAAUUCUGCAUGUAAUCCUAUUGUGUAUGCUUUCAUGUACAGUUGGUUUAGAAAGGCUCUCAAAGUUAUUUUAUCAGGAAAAAUAUUUGAGAAAAAUUCACCUAGAUUAAAUCUGUGUUCAUAG